UCCCUCCGUCCCUCCCUGCGGCCUGGGGAGACGGCUGAUCUGUCGGGGUUUUCUCGCGCUUUGCAGGGCCCGGGCGCCUGCUUUUCAGCGACGGCCCAUCAUGGGCGACGGAGACCGGGUGGAGAUAGAUGGCGGCAUUAUGGAAGGGGGUGGUCAGAUCCUGCGUGUUUCCACAGCUCUGAGCUGCCUCCUCAGUACACCUCUGCAUGUGAAAAAUAUCCGAGCUGGCAGGAGUCAGCCUGGCCUUAGGCCUCAGCACCUGUCAGGACUGGAAAUGGUCCGGGCCUUGUGUGAUGGAAAGAUGGAAGGUGGAGAAAUUGGGUCCACGGAAAUCACUUUCACGCCUGGGAAGAUCAAGGGCGGAACCCACACAGCAGACACCAAAACAGCUGGGAGUGUUUGCCUAUUGAUGCAAGUAGCAAUGCCCUGUGUGCUGUUCGCAGCCUCUCCUUCAGAGCUUCGUUUGAAAGGCGGCACCAAUGCAGAGAUGGCUCCCCAAAUCGACUACACUGUCAUGGUCUUCAAACCAAUGGUUGAGAAGUUCAAGAUGACACUGGACUGUGAUAUAAAAAGGAGGGGUUACUACCCCAAGGGCGGUGGUGAAGUGAUAGUCCGAAUGGCCCCUGUUAAGCAGCUCAGCCCAGUUGAUUUAACUGACCGUGGCACCGUGACGAAGAUCCACGGGAGAGCUUUUGUUGCUGGAGCUUUGCCAAUCAAAAUAGCAAAAGACAUGGCAUCGGCAGCAGUGCGGUGCAUCAGAAAGGAGAUCCGGGACCUCUACGUCAACAUCCAGGCUGUUCGAGAACCUGAUAAUGAAGCCUUUGGAACUGGAACUGGAAUCAUAAUAGUUGCAGAAACCUCCACCGGCUGUUUGCUGGCAGGAUCAUCACUUGGUAAAAGAGGUAAAAAUGCAGACAAAGUUGGAAUUGAAGCAGCAGAAAUGUUACUUGGGAAUCUUCGACAUGGAGGAGCUGUAGAUGAUUAUCUGCAAGACCAGUUGAUCGUUUUCAUGGCUCUAGCAAAUGGGACCUCUAGAGUGAAGACUGGACCCAUUACUCUUCAUACAGAAACUGCUAUACAUUUUGCAGAACAGCUGACAAAGGCUAAAUUCACAGUGACAAAAUCAGAAGAUGAUUCCUCCAAGGAUGCCCACGUUAUUGAGUGCCAAGGAAUCGGAUUGCUAAAUACCAACUUGUAGCUGCUGCUGUUGGGAGAGGCAUCUGGGUUGUUGUUUUUUAGUGUUGCCUUCAUGAUGAAUUGCACUACAUUUCACUGACGUGUUUGAGAAAAGAUAGUGUGAUUAGUAAUUGGUUUGAAUUAAUUCCAAUGAAGGACAGUCAUUUUGAGUUGUGUGGCCAAUAGAGAAUUCCAUUUGUCUUUGAUGAUAAAACAUUGCAGAGCAGCUGUUCAAUACAGAUACAGCAGAGUGGGACAGGGAUCGCUUCGGCUUUUUAAAAAAUGACUUCUUAUGAUUCAGUCGUUCUUCUUGUACCCUGUUGGGAAGUGGUGUCUGUCAUAUGAAAUACUUUACAUGCACUAAAACAUAAUGUGUGCAAAAGUACAUUAGUCAGCCGCUACCACCUACAUUUUUUUUUAUUUCUGUAACCAUUUGUUGCACAUAAUUUCAGUCAAAUAAUAAAGCAAUCUCAACAAA